AUGCAUCCUGGCCACCGUUGGUCAGAGCUCCAGAAAAGCAAACGCCAUUUUCGGGAUGAAGCUCCAGGUCACCCAGGACCUCGGAGAAAGGAAAGGAGUCCUAGCGGCGUCAUGAUGAACGGUUUCCACUUGAGCGGCACAGUGACAGAGCCUGCAAUGCAAUCGGAGCCAGAAACGGUUUGCAACGUGGCCAUCAGCUUUGACCGUUGCAAGAUUACCUCAGUGACCUGCAGCUGUGGAAACAAGGACAUAUUUUAUUGCGCCCAUGUUGUGGCACUGUCUUUAUACCGCAUCCGCAAGCCCGAUCAGGUCAAACUGCAUCUUCCCAUUUCCGAGACCCUCUUUCAAAUGAACAGAGACCAACUACAAAAGUUUGUACAGUAUUUGAUCACAGUGCACCACACCGAAGUUUUGCCAACCGCCCAGAAAUUAGCAGAUGAAAUUCUUUCCCAGAAUUCUGAAAUCAACCAAGUUCAUGGUGCUCCCGACCCAACAGCGGGUGCUAGUAUCGACGAUGAAAACUGCUGGCACUUGGAUGAAGAGCAGGUUCAAGAACAGGUUAAGCUGUUCCUCUCCCAGGGCGGGUACCAUGGAUCAGGGAAGCAACUAAACUUGCUCUUUGCGAAGGUGCGGGAGAUGUUGAAGAUGAGGGAUUCCAAUGGGGCCCGCAUGUUGACGUUGAUAACAGAGCAGUUCAUGGCCGACCCCCGCCUGUCACUGUGGAGGCAGCAAGGCACUGCGAUGACUGACAAGUACAGGCAGCUCUGGGAUGAGCUGGGUGCCCUGUGGAUGUGUAUCGUUUUGAAUCCCCACUGCAAGUUGGAGCAGAAGAGCAGUUGGCUAAAACAGCUGAAAAAGUGGAACAGUGUUGAUGUCUGUCCCUGGGAAGACGGAAAUCACGGGAGUGAGUUACCCAACCUAACCAACGCUCUGCCUCAGGGGGCAAAUGCCAGCCAAGAUUCAUCGAACAGGCCGCACCGGACAGUGUUCACGCGAGCCAUCGAGGCCUGCGGUCUCCACUGGGAGGACAGCCACUUGCAGCACAUUAUCAGCAGUGACCUGUACACCAACUGCUGUUACCAUGACGACACGGAGAACUCCCUCUUUGACUCCCGCGGGUGGCCCCUCUGGCAUGAGCAUGUCCCCACCGCCUGCGCGCGCGUGGACGCGUUGCGUUCUCAUGGGUACCCGAGAGAAGCGCUGAGGCUGGCCAUCGCCAUCGUGAACACGCUGAGGCGCCAGCAGCAGAAGCAGUUGGAAAUGUUUCGAACCCAAAAAAAAGAACUACCCCAUAAAAGCAUCACCUCAGUCACCAACCUGGAAGGCUGGGUCGGGCACCCUUUGGACCCCGUCGGCACUCUCUUCAGUAGUCUGAUGGAAGCCUGCCACAUGGGUGAUGAAAGCUUUUCUGGUUUCCCAGAUUUUACAGGUAAGACCAGCAACUGCAAGUCGAUGGAAUUCCAGCACCUCCCUGCACACAAGUUCUUAGAAGAAGGGGAAUCCUAUUUAACACUGGCUGUGGAAGUGGCCCUGAUCGGGCUGGGACAGCAGCGGAUCAUGCCCGAUGGGCUGUACACCCAAGAAAAGGUUUGCCGAAAUGAGGAGCAGCUCAUUUCUAAGCUUCAGGAAAUUGAAUUGGAUGACACACUGGUGAAAAUUUUUCGCAAGCAAGCAGUCUUCCUAUUAGAAGCCGGACCAUAUAGUGGUUUAGGCGAAGUCAUCCACCGGGAGAGCGUUCCAAUGCACACAUUUGCCAAGUCUCUCUUCACCUCGCUCCUACCUCAUGAUGCUGAAUUGGCAUACAAAAUUGCACUGAGAGCAAUGCGGUUACUAGUAUUGGAAUCUACUGCUCCAACAGGAGACCUCACUCGCCCCCACCACAUGGCGUCAGUUGUUCCUAACCGAUACCCUCGCUGGUUCACUUUAAGCCACAUAGAAUCCCAGCAGUGUGAGCUGGCAUCCACCAUGCUUACUGCAGCCAAAGGCGAUGUUCGGAGGCUGGAAACAGUAUUAGAAUCCAUCCAGAAAAACAUUCACUCCUCAUCACACAUCUUCAAGCUUGCCCAAGAUGCGUUUAAAAUAGCGACUCUUAUGGACAGUUUGCCAGACAUCACUCUCUUGAAGGUGUCUUUGGAGCUGGGGCUGCAGGUUAUGCGAAUGACACUAUCAACCUUAAAUUGGCGGCGCCGGGAGAUGGUGAGGUGGCUGGUAACGUGUGCUACGGAAGUCGGCGUGUACGCCCUGGACAGCAUCAUGCAGAGCUGGUUCACGCUCUUCACGCCCACUGAGGCCACAAGUAUCGUGGCGACCACCGUGAUGUCCAACAGCACCAUCGUCCGCCUCCACCUGGACUGCCACCAGCAGGAAAAGCUGGCCAGCAGUGCCCGGACCCUCGCGUUGCAGUGCGCCAUGAAGGACCCUCAGAACUGCGCCCUGUCUGCGCUGACGCUGUGUGAAAAGGACCACAUAGCUUUUGAGACGGCGUACCAGAUUGUUCUUGAUGCUGCUACCACCGGCAUGAGCUACACGCAGCUCUUCACCAUAGCGCGGUACAUGGAGCACCGCGGGUACCCCAUGAGGGCCUACAAGCUGGCCACCUUGGCCAUGACCCAUCUCAACCUGAGCUACAAUCAGGACACACACCCUGCCAUUAAUGACGUUUUGUGGGCCUGUGCACUCAGCCACUCCCUGGGCAAAAACGAGCUUGCGGCUAUAAUACCUCUGGUGGUCAAGAGUGUCAAGUGCGCAACGGUACUGUCAGACAUUUUGCGCAGGUGCACUCUGACCACUCCCGGCAUGGUGGGACUCCACGGCAGGAGGAACUCCGGUAAGCUCAUGUCACUGGACAAAGCUCCCUUGAGGCAACUCUUGGACGCCACGAUCGGGGCCUACAUCAACACGACGCACUCCCGACUCACACACAUCAGCCCUCGGCACUACAGUGAAUUUAUCGAGUUCCUCAGCAAGGCCCGAGAGACCUUCUUGAUGGCGCACGACGGACACAUUCAGUUUACACAGUUCAUCGACAACCUGAAACAGAUCUACAAAGGCAAAAAGAAACUGAUGAUGUUGGUGCGGGAGAGGUUUGGUUGAUGGAACUCGAAU